CGCUCUCUCCGAGUCUAUUCAGUUACUCACCCACUGACGUUGAGCCUGUUCUCAGUGGCUCAACGAGGAGGUAGAUAUUUAAAAAACAAGAGGCGAAAAUUACCGAGGACUUUCUCUGCUUCAGAACCCGGGACUGGAGACGUGAGGCGCUGGGGUGUUUCUACUCCUGGUGUAUGAAUGGAUGGGGGGGUCUUUCGUGGUGAAGAAUCACGGAUCACAGUCAACAAAGAGCGCUCCAGUUUAAUGGCUGGCAGGUAGAGGCCAAAGAGGGACAAUCAUCAUGAACUCGAUUCCGUCGAUGGACAGACACAUACAGCAGACCAAUGACCGUCUGCUGUGUAUCAAACAGCACUUACAAAAUCCAGCGAAUUUUCAAACGGCAGCGACCGAGCUGCUGGACUGGUGCGGCGACCCCCGAGCCUUCCAGCGUCCCUUUGAGCAAAGCCUGAUGGGAUGCCUAACGGUGGUCAGUCGCGUAGCAGCACAGCAGGGUUACGACUUGGACCUUGGCUAUCGGCUCCUGGCUGUGUGCGCCGCCAACAGGGACAAGUUCACUCCAAAAUCAGCAGAAACCAGCUGCUGCAGGAGGUGUCAGUCUGACUCAGCUCUACUGUCCUCGUGGUGUGAGGAACUGGGACGCCUCCUCCUCCUCCGUCACCAGAAGAACAGGCAGAACGAGCCUCCGGGAAAAGUGCCCAUGCAGCCCCCCAUGAGCUCCAUGAAGCCCGGCCUCUCACACGGAGAUGGGUCUUUUCCCUACGACUCAGUUCCCUGGCAACAGAACGCCAAUCAGCCUCCAGGUUCGUUGUCUGUGGUGACCACAGUGUGGGGCGUUACCAACACGUCUCAGAGCCAGGUAUUGGGGAAUCCCAUGGUAAACAACAAUAAUCCCAUGAAUCCUGGCGGAAACCCAAUGGGCUCGGGUAUGUCCGGCAACAAUCCAGGGAUGAACUCGCCACAGUUCCCUGGGCCUCAGCAGCAGUUCCCCAGCAAAGGCAACUCCAACCAGGGCUACAUGCAGCAGGGCAUGUACGGACGACCCAACUACCCCGGUGGAGGGGGCUAUGGUGGAAGCUACCCAGGAGGGCCCAACGGUGGACCUGGUGGAAUGGGCAUCCCUCCACACUCUCGUCCUCCUUCAGACUUCACCCAGCCGGCUGCUGCGGCCGCCGCCGCCGCGGUUGCAGCAGCCGCCGCCACGGCAACUGCCACCGCAACGGCAACUGUAGCUGCCAUGCAGGAAACCCAGAACAAGGACAUGAACCAAUACGGACCGAUGAGUUCCUCUUUCCAGAUGGGACCAAACCAAGCGUACAACAGCCAGUUCAUGAACCAGCCAGGUCCCCGUGGUCCACCGUCCAUCCCUGGAAACAUGAGCACAGGCAUGAAUGCGUCCAACAUGAGUGGGCCCCCUAUGGGAAUGAACCAGCCCAGGGGCCAAGGCAUGGGGCCCUUUGGGGCCCAUGGUCAAAGGAUGCCCCAGCAAGGCUAUGCAGGACCUCGACCUCAGAGCAUGGGUAUGCAGGGCAUGAAGAGACCGUACCCUGGGGAGCCAAACUAUGGUGGUCAGCAGUAUGGACCAAACAACCAGUUCCCCAACCAGCAGGGGCAGUACCCCACACCCAACGCCUCCAGGCCGCUGCCAUCCCCAAACUACCCUGGGCAGAGGAUGCCAGGACAGCAGCUACAGGGCCAGUACCCACCACCAAGCGGUGCCAUGGGCCAGUACUAUAAGCAGGAGCCACCUUUUAAUGGACAAACAAACAACUUCUCUGGAAGUGGAUAUCAGUACAACCAGGCUAAUAUGAAUGGGCCACCCAGACCAGUGGGGAACUAUCCUCACUCUCCAGUGCCAGGCAACCCCACCCCUCCAAUGACUCCAGGAAGUAACAUCCCUCCAUACCUGUCGCCAAACCAGGAUGUGAAGCCGCCCUUCCCUCCUGACAUCAAACCAAAUAUGACCGCUCUCCCGCCGCCCCCAGCCAACCACAACGAGGAGCUCCGCCUGACGUUCCCAGUACGAGAUGGCGUCGUCUUAGAGCCUUUCAGGCUAGAGCAUAACCUGGCUGUCAGCAACCACGUCUUCCACCUACGGCCCUCUGUACACCAGACACUCAUGUGGAGAUCGGACCUGGAGCUACAGUUUAAGUGCUAUCAUCACGAAGACCGCCAGAUGAACACCAACUGGCCGGCAUCGGUCCAAGUCAGCGUCAACGCCACGCCGCUCACCAUCGAGAGGGGCGACAACAAGACCUCCCACAAACCCCUGCACUUGAAACACGUAUGCCAGCCGGGAAGGAACACAAUCCAGAUCACAGUCACUGCCUGCUGCUGUUCGCACUUGUUCGUGCUGCAGCUGGUUCACAGGCCCUCAGUUCGCUCUGUCCUUCAAGGCUUACUGAAGAAGAGGCUUCUGCCUGCAGAGCACUGCAUCACCAAAGUGAAGAGGAACUUCAGCAGCGUAGCAGCAUCGUCGGGCAACACCACGCUCAACGGAGAGGACGGCGUGGAGCAGACGGCCAUCAAGGUUUCCCUCAAAUGUCCCAUCACCUUCCGACGAAUACAGCUUCCGGCGAGAGGUCACGACUGUAAACACGUUCAGUGCUUUGAUUUGGAAUCAUAUUUACAACUCAACUGUGAGCGGGGGACAUGGCGCUGUCCUGUAUGCAAUAAAACAGCAUUGUUAGAAGGACUUGAAGUGGACCAGUACAUGUGGGGAAUCUUGAACGCCAUCCAAAACUCGGAAUUUGAGGAAGUGACCAUUGACCCGACAUGUAGUUGGCGGCCUGUUGCUAUCAAAUCUGACAUCCACAUCAAGGAGGAUCCAGACGGACCGCUGGCGAAGAGGUUUAAGACUAUGAGUCCCAGCCAGAUGAUCAUGCCAAAUGUGAUGGAGAUGAUAGCUCAGCUCGGCCCCGGACCCUCGCCGUACCUGUCUCAACAAGGGAGCAACAACAGCGAAUACAGCAGCCAAGGCAACAGUUACCACGGGAACUUUGAUUUCCCUCACGGCACCCCUGGUGGUACAUCCAUGAAUGACUUCAUGCACGGCCCCCAACUGUCUCAUCCGCCUGACAUGCCCAACAGCAUGAUGACGCAAGACAAGCCACUCUCCCACAAUAUGCCUGACUCAAUACCUCACUCUGCCAGCAACGACCCAUCACAUGGUCCACUGCAGCAGAGCUUACAUGCGUCUCCACACCCUGGGAGCCAAUCAGGGCAGCAGCUGCACCACGGCGGGCAUCCGCAUCCGCAUCCGCAGCCCUCGCGACAACCUCCACCUCCUCAGCAACAGCAACAGCAACCCGGCCCCAACAGCCAUCCCCAUGGCGACCUCACCUUUAACCCCUCCAGUUUGGACAGCCAAGCUGGUUCGGACAUGCCCGAGCCAUCUUUAGACCUUCUACCAGAACUCGCAAACCCAGAUGAGCUGCUGUCGUACCUGGACCCCCCCGACCUCCCCAGCAAUAGCAACGAUGACCUUCUGUCACUCUUCGAAAACAACUGAGGCGAAUCAGACACACACACAAACUUUUUCUGACUGCCUGCAGUUUCCCUGAGAACCCGGAGCGGUCGCUCAGUACUUGAUGAACACAAAGAUGCACUCCCUUUCUCUUCUUCCUCUUGUACAGUUUUCAUUCGCCAGCGCAGAUUGACUGAAAGAGGUUCAAACUCAAACACACAGUGGGAAGCUCACAACGCGGCGAUACCUUUGAACUGUGCAGCUAUACUCAGUUGAUUUUUUUAAUGCCACACACGUGUAUGUGUGCACAUUAGAAACACAUUGUAGCAUUUUCUUUUUUUAUUAUUAUAUUUUGUUUCCUUUUGAGAAGAAAAAAGGAAUUAAGUGUAAACAAAAUUAAAAAAAAAAAAAAAAGAAGAAGAAAAAAAAAAUACUUGCGCUAUCUGGCCAGUGUGCGUCAUGUCCAUAUUGUUAUUCCAAUCUGAGAGGCCACAGCUUCCUGGUGUCACAGCUCCAUUCCCCCGACUGGUCUGGUUAGUCGCAAUGUUUUUGUCCACCACACAUCAUCUAAAAAGCACAAGAGAUUUAGGCAACGCAAAAAAAAACAAACACAAACAAAAAAUAUACAUCAGUGUGUACAAAUGAAAAUCAGUUAGAUCCGUGUAUAUCUGUCCUUGUCAAAAAAGUUUUUUUAAAAACAACUUUUGCUCUUCUGGCAAAGAAUUUUGAGAGUGAUCGGCUUCCACUUUGUCUACAAUUGUGAUACAUACAUAUUUUUGUCAAAAAGAGAUCCAACCCUGCUUUGGAACAACUGGAAUGGAGAAGAUUUUGGCCUCACUAAAAACUAACAAACAAACAAACAAACAAACAAAAAAGGUUUAUAUUAGAUAACAAGAAGAGCAUAUGUGUGCGUCUACAUAUUGUAUAGUGAUCAUCCUCCUGUACAGCGGAGUGAUUUGGAUGGAAAUGAAAAGGGACAAUAUGAGAGAUUGGGCUCCUUCUGACCAUCUUGCUGCAUUUACUGCUUCCUGCUCUAACUCCUUCUGUGCCCCUUUGCUCUGCAUGAGCCCCAUUGUUACUCGGGUCAGCAAUUUUUGCAAAGUUGCAUCUCUUUCCCUGUUAAAUGAUGUGCUGUUUCAGUAGUCUACAGAAGUGCAUGUGUGCCAAGCCCUUGUCUAGUGCUGUUCCAAGUGGUUUAAAAAAAAAGAAAAAAAGAGAGAUAUAGUGUGGUUUUUAUCAGUUUGCUGUUUCCGCAGCUUUUUCUUUGUUUGUCUUUGAUUUCUGUCAGAUUUAGUAUGAUUUAUUUAACACUAACACUGAAGGGAUAAUGCCGACAUCAGCGAUACAUUUAUCAUGUGUUUGCCAGAUAUACGGUAUUAUAUAUUUUUGUUGUUUUUGUAGUUUUGUUUGUUUUUUUUGUCGCUGCAUAAUUAAAAACUAUCCACAAAUUAUUUGGGAAACUACGCAACAUCACCAAAGUUAGAGAGAUGAGAAUGGAGAUGUUUGUGUUGAUUGGUCCUGCGUUAGACUGUGUGUGUGUGUGUGUGUGUGAGUGAGAGAGAGAGUGUGAGGUAAUAUUGAUUUCAAAGAUAUAGGAGAGGACAAAUACAGUUUAUCCAUCACUGCUGUUCAAGAAGUGUUUUUUUUUUAAAGCAGUAUUGGUGCCAACAUUUAGCCACGUUUGUUUUCAUUUUCACUUUUUGAGAAGAGUGCUGUUCAGUAUGCAAAUGUAUUAUUUUUGAAGAAAAUGCUAUUGUACUGUAAAUAUCAUUGUGAAUAUUUUUGUAUCAUCUUGGUAAUAUUUGUCCUUUGAUCAUUAGUCGUCCAAACGUAACCACAUUUGCUCCAGAACUCCCAUCUGACCACUGACUCUGUUUGUAACCAGCGUACGGCGGCUGCCUCGCCGUCUGUCCAAACAUCUCAUAAGCUAUUUCCUGCAAGUCAUCGUGCUUUCUCGUCACUUUCCUCCCGGUGUACUCUGUCUUGCACUUGUCCAGUAUACACAGUUUUCCCAUCUUCCAUGUGGUCUCCUGUCGAGGUGGAUUGUGUCGCAUCAUUUCAAGUUUCAGACCUUAAGCUCAGUUUGAAGCAAUAUUUUUCUUCCAUGCUCAGAUGUGUUUGAAUCAAAAAAAAGAAAAAGAAAAGAAAAGGUCACUGUCGUGUACUCAUGAAUAUAUGUUCACAUUUUCUAUCAGUGAAACCAAACAGUGAUUUAAACAGUGGUUUAAAAAGAUGUGGUAUCAACUGGCUUUCAGUAUAUUUAGUGAGCUAUGUGAAUAUCAUAAUUGUUGCUAAUUGUCAAUACGCAGUGGUAUUUUAAAGAUAUAUCACCACCAUAUUUUAAAGAAAAUCAUCAUAUUGUUUAUAUUUUAUAGAAAAAUGAGACCAUUUACAUUUUUUAUCCCAUUUUGUUUUGGUAAAUUAUUUUGUACUGCUUUUCUUAUGAAUCUGUAAGGCUAGAAAUCCAAUUUCUUUCAAUUUGCAGCAUUUGACUGAUUUAACCACCCCCUGAUUUGUGUCAGCAUUAUUUUAAAUGCCUUUUACAAAAUAUGAUUUGUUCCACUUCAGCACACUGACGUUUCCCAUGCAGACAUCACGUUUUGAAAGCAAUUCACUGUUUAAAAAACAACAAAAAAAAACUAUCCAAAUUGAAAUGUUUCAUCCAUCCCACUGAAUCCACAAUGCUUUAUUUUGUUCUUACUUUGAAGUGAGCCACUUCAGUGUGUUAGGCAGCACCCCGAAUCUGUAGUUGCACAAUCAUGAUACAGGGCCAUUUUUCCCGGGGGAUGUUGUUUUAAAAAUAAACGAAUAAGUUCAAAAACAAACAAAAAAUACAGAGAGGAAGGGCACGUCCGUCACUCUGGCCUGGAAAAAGGAUGCUGAGGGCAAGGCUAGGUCAAACGUCCCAAGAAUGCCUGUAUAUAUGUAAAUGACUGUAGAGACAUGUGAACAGAAAUGUAUUCAUUUUCCCUGGGAAUGUGCAUUGUUUCUUCAGAAUAAUAAAAAGCUUGCAACCCCUCUA